AUGCCCGAGCUCGGUAUCGCCUCGCUCUCUCUCGGAUCGUCCUCCGUGCACUCUAUGGAGCGCAAGAUGGCCGCAGCGGCCUAUGCAGGCUUUGACAGCAUCGAGAUCUUCGACCAGGACUGGGAUGCAUGGCGCGACGCCUACGCAUCCGACCUCGGCCUCGCUCCUUCCAAGUACGAUGGCGACGUCGUAUCAAUCGCCGCGGCGAAAGCCCUCGGCGGUCUCGCCUCUUCGCACAAGUUGCGUAUCAGCUGCUGGCAGCCCCUGCGGCAGUUCGAGGGGUGGGCGGACCCGGCAAAGCGUGAGGCAUCCAGGCAACAUGCCGCCGGAGUUCUUUCCCUCCUACCCCACCUCGGGACUGACCUCCUCCUCGUGUGCUCCACUACCGCACUUGCCCCACACUCUACCGCCGACUUUGCCACCGCCGUCGAGGACCUGGCUUGGCUAGCGGAUCAGGGGGCGCGGUAUAACCCACCCAUCCGCAUCAUGUACGAGGGGUUGAGCUUUGGCACCCACCGCCGCAGGUGGCAGGAUGUGUGGGCAGUGGUCCGGGCUGCAAACCGGCCCAACCUCGGUAUCUGCCUGGAUUCUUUCAACACCCUGGCUCUUGAAUGGGCGGACCCGUACUCACCGGACGGACGCAGACCCUCCAACGGUGGGUUAGAUGUCGACACCGCUCUCGAUGCAAACAUGAAGGAGUUGGUGGCAUCGGUGCCAGGCGACAAGAUCUUCUUCGUCCAGGUUGCGGAUGGCCAGUUCAUGAACGGCACCCUAUCCCCACCAAUCGACCCCAGUGUGCCCCGCCUCCUUCCUUGGUCUCGCGGCCACCGGCUGUUCCCGCUUGAGGAGACUCGGGGCGGGUACCUUCCCGUCCUCAAGUUCUGUGAGGCAGUUGUGCGGACAGGAUACACAGGGCCAUGGAGCCUCGAGGUGUUCAACAAGUCUCUCGCCUCUCCCAGACCAGAGACGUGCCUUGAGCAUGCCGAACGAGGGUAUGCAGGCCUCUGGCGCACUGUUGACAUCCUCAAGGCAGGACCCACGCGCGCUGCCCUGUUGUAG